CGGGAGGUGACUGGUGAUUCCCAUCCUGAAUUUUCAUCGUCCAAAUCCCAAAGUACUGAUGUAGCCUAUUGUUCUUGUUUCGUAGUGCACUGACACACAAGGCAUCAUUUCAAACCCUGGAUAGUGCACGUAGAAGGGAAGUUUGUAAUCGAGCCCUCGUCUCCCUUCUGGCGCCCCCUGGUGCUGCUCUGUGGAAUUGAUUCCUGCUGUUUGGCCAUGAAAAUGCCACGGUGGCUUUAGCUGGCAAAUGUGUUUGUGUGCGAAUGUUUACUGGAAUAACCACGUGUUUUGAGUUCCGCGCUUGUUUUUUUCCGUAGUGUUACAGGAUUUCACAGGUAAAGGUCGCUUUAUGAAAGCUGCAAUCUGGAUCGCGGCGGCGGAAACAGAAAGAAGAAGAUAGAGGAGUUCUCUCGGUCUUCUCGCGAAAAACUCGUCCAGUCCAAGAACAAGAUGUUCUCCAAAUUCACUUCGAUUCUGCAACAUGCAGUGGAAGCGCUCGCACCAUCACUGCCCUUGCAGGAAGACUUUGUCUACCACUGGAAGGCCAUCACACAUUACUACAUAGAAACUUCAGAUGACAAAGCCCCGGUCACCGACACUAACAUCCCUUCCCACCUGGAGCAGAUGCUGGACAUCCUGAUCCAGGAGGAAGGAGAGAGGGAGUCGGGUGAGACGGGGCCCUGCAUGGAGUACCUGCUCCAUCACAAGAUCCUGGAGACCCUCUACACUCUGGGCAAGGCCGACUGUCCACCUGGAAUGAAGCAGCAGGUACUGAAUUUCUACACCAAACUACUGGGCCGAAUUCGCCAGCCGCUUCUGCCUCACAUCAAUGUGCACAGACCUGUACAGAAACUAAUCCGUCUGUGCGGCGAGGUUCUGGCUGCUCCGACGGAGAACGAAGAGAUCCAGUUUCUCUGCAUAGUCUGUGCCAAACUCAAACAGGACCCCUACUUGGUUAACUUCUUCUUAGAGAAUAGAGCAAAACGUGGAGACGACAAAGAAUCUGGAGCUGAUGUGCUCAAAGACGACCCGUCGUCUCCGGAUACAGGUCAGCAGCAGGGUGCUGGGGUAGCAUGUGAUGCCAGCAGUCCCGCAGACGGAGCAGGCGCCGCGAUGCACACUAACAAUGCUAACAACAGCAGCAGCUACAACCUGGUUAGCUCUCUGCUCAACCUGACCAAGAGCCCAGACGCCCGCGUGGUGGUGAAGGCGUGUGAGGGUCUGAUGCUGCUGGUCAGCUUGCCCGAGCCUGCAGCGGCUAAGACGCUAACGGACAGUACGGAGCUGUGUGAGCUGCUUACGGCUCGCCUCAUUACGUUCUAUCAAGCCCUGCCUCAGUCUAUAGACCCGCUUGAUAUCGAGACAGUCGAGUCGGUGAACUGGGGGCUGGACGUGUACAACUUGAAGGAAGAUGCUGCUGCUUUUGCAGGGAAGCGAGCGCUCAUUUCCUUCCUCUCCUGGCUGGACUACUGCGAUCAGCUGAUCAAAGAGGCCCAGAAGAGUGCAGCAACAGCUUUAGCUCGAGCCGUGAGGGAACGCUUCUUCGGGCCUGUGAUGGAGCCACAGCUCAUGCAAACGUCAGAGGUGGGCAUCCUGACCUCCACGGCACUGUUGAAUAGGAUCGUCAGGCAGGUCACAUCGGAGGCCUUGCUGCAGGAGACAGUCUACUUCCUGCUGGGAGAAGAAAUGGGUCCUGAGACGCUGGCCAGCAUUACUCAGAAUCCCCUGAGGAACAGACUUAUCGGGCACUGCGACCACCUCUCAGACGAGAUCAGCAUUAUGACUCUGAGGCUGUUCGAGCAGUUGCUGCAGAAGCCGUGCCAGCACGUGCUGCACAACCUGGUGCUGCGCAGCAUCGACGAGCGCAACUAUAUCGAGAACAAGGUGCAAGACGAGCGAGAGGAACGUGAGCACAUGGAGAACGGGCAGCCCCACGAUGCUGUUGAUUUGGAAGAGGACCCGCUGUUCUCGGACCUGUCUCCAGAUACCAGGCUGUCCAGCCCCGAUUGGCUGAGCUGCUCCCCGCCAGCCAGCACAGAACACGCAAAGCCUGAUGGGAAAACGGAAGUCCACAAAAUCGUUAACAGUUUCCUGUGCUUGGUUCCUGAUGAAGCUAAAUCGUCUUAUCAAGUGGAAGGCACGGGCUACGACACUUAUCUGAGAGAUGCACACAGACAGUUCCGAGACUAUUGCGGCAUCUGCCUGAGGUGGGACUGGCGCAGCAGCCCUAAGCCUAUAGAGAAGUGUAACCUGGACAUCCCCUUCUUUGAGGGACACUUCCUUAAAGUGCUGUUUGACAGAAUGGGACGUAUCCUAGACCAGCCAUAUGAUGUCAACUUGCAGGUUACAUCAGUGUUAUCGAAGCUGUCUUUGCUGCCCCAUCCUCACCUGCAUGAGUACUUGCUGGACCCCUACAUCAAUCUGGCACCUGGCUGUAGAUCCCUCUUCUCAGUCAUUGUCAGGGUGGUGGGAGACUUGAUGUUGAGGAUCCACCGUAUUCCUGAUUUUAAUCCCAAACUGCUGCUAGUGAGGAAGAGGUUACUUGGGAUGGAACCAGAGGGAUCGAGUAUUGAUCACGUGACGUUGCUGGAGGGAGUCAUCGUCCUGGAGGAGUUCUGCAAAGAGCUGGCAGCCAUCGCGUUUGUGAAGUUCCACGCUUCUGCAUCUUCAUCCCCCUGAGAUCCUGCUUGCUGUGCCCCCGACGCAAGCAUCAUCAGUCAGGCACAGAGACUCGGAGUGGACCGCUGGCACAGGAACCACCAACUGAACCCCCAUUCAUUCUUCAGAUCCGGCUCCUGCCUCUGAAGGUCCUGAGGGUCUACGCUUAUCUAUCUGAGAACAUGCAGGAGAGAUCAGGAUGGAGGAAAAAAAUGCCCACAGGUCAAACUUGCCCAGGUGUGAUGGAGACAGGUGGUUGUAGUAGCACUCAUGAUGCAUAUCCUCGUGCUUUAGCCUGUUUUUCAUUCAUCCAAAUGAUCACUUUUCCUCUUUGUUUAUUUUGCUAUUUUAUGUGGUAUUUUUAAAUUUGCCAUUUAGUGUUUUUAUGGGUAUUUCAAAAAAUUUUUUAUGUUUCUCUGGCUUUGCACAUGAACCUGCUGACUUCCAGGGUUUUUUUUUUUUUUUUUUUAAACCUGCAGCAUGUUUUACCUCGGACAGAAAUACUUAUUUAUUCUUCUCGAAAACGGAUAUAAAUUCUGUAUGAGUUGAAAAUAUACGUAAUGACCAAAUUUAAUUGUUAGGGAUACUACUUAAAAAAAAAAAAAAAAACUGACCUUUGUCUGAAAACAAAUGAUGUAGAACUUGGUUUUAAUAAGCUGUUGUUACAGUAACAUAUACCGUGCUUAUAUUAUGUUCUUAGGCGGAAAAGAUACCAAAUGAAUGGAUUAUUUUAUCCAUAAAACAUAUGCAACCUAAACCAUGAUCUGCAAUGUUAAUACGUAUUGUGAUCUCAGGAGCCGAAAAAUCCAACUGUGCUACUAAAAAAACAAAAACGAAGAAAAGAAAAAAGCAGACCGGACCUGCUUUAAUACUCCUCAUUUUCUCAGUCCUGAUCCCUCUCUAAUCUGUAAAAAAAAAAAUGUAAUGCGAACUCUGAAUGUUUAAAUUGGACUGCGCACGUUUGCACAUCAGAAAUCGGGUUUCACUAUAACGUCCUCGGCGAACUCUGCGUCACAUUCAUUAUAAGUCUUUAAGAAACCGUUUAUUUUUAUGAGUUUAGCUUCUUCAUUGCCUUAAAUGUGUAUAUUAAUUUAUGUCAUGCGUACGUGUGUGCCUUGUACUUCACUAGGAUUUCGCUGUUCUCAUCACUCUUACAUGUCUUAGUUAUUUAUUGCGGGUAAUGACUUGCUUUAUAAAUUUUGGAGAAUUUAAGAGGUUUUCUCCUUUUAUGAUUUCAGUAUUAUGACGGAGCAUCUGUCGUAUUUUCUUUUUCUUUCCCUCAUCAGCUAUAUUCAUGCAUACACCAGCAAUAGUGUUAACCACUAGACUUUUUCAUUUUUUCUGUAAAAUGCAUAAAGAGCGGUUUACAAUGUUGAAUUUGUCAGUUUUCCUGUACAGCUGAAUUUGUAAGACAUUAUAAAGCGGACUGUCCGGGAAGGUAGAGAAAACCCAGGCAUGUGUCUGAAAUUUGUAAGCAUUACAAUACAGCCGGGGGGGUGGAGUUAUAGGAAAAUAAUUGCUGCUGGGUAACAGCAUGCUUUGACGUAUUGUAUUUCACGUUUACCACAGCAAGGAGGCGAAUAUCCAAACAGCCCAGGUCUCUGUCUUAGUGCCUGCUGCUGUCACAUUGGAAUUUACACUGUAUUAGAUGUUCUAAUGUGCUAAUGUGUAGUAGAAGGUCAAUCCUCAAAAGAACUCUUAAGUACUGUAAGUAUGCAGAGACUAUAAAACCAAUAAAAGGCAGAUAUUGUGAAAUGAUUACCAGCACAUGCCUAUGUAACUCCUUUUGCUUUGGGUUUUAUUCCCAUUAAAAAAAAAAAAAAACAGAAUAACUCGCUGCCAAUUGAUCCAUUUAAUCGAACUUUCAGUUUAAUAAAAUUGCACAUUGACAAUAGACAGACAGCAUUGUCCUACAAAUUGACCUUUUUUUUAACAUAAAUACUUUAAAAUUCUUUCACUUGUACAAGGUUAUUAUUUUCGAUUUUCUUUCUUUUACUACCAAAGGGUCCUGUGAUGUACAAGUGACUUGUUUGUUGUAAAGAUCCUUAUUUCUUGAUCUUGCACAUUUUAUACCAUAAAACUUCACUCACUUUUCUCUUUAUCCUGUAUAUAUGUGUACAGUGAUGUGAAAUGCAUGUGAACUCUUUUUGGGAGUAAAGAAAAGUAUCUUUGUUUUCCAUCAUCUUUGAUUUUUUUAUCCAUUCAUUUAUUACCCUUUCAGUUGCCAAUUCAUGCAUUAGUCUAUUAAAAAAAAAAGAUGCAUAUUCUCCAGGUUUGGGAAAAGUGGAGAUCACUAGGCACCUCAUAAAUCGUAUGCAAUUACUAGAAGACUUUCACAAGUUCUUCAUUUUGUCCUGAGUAACUUGCUGCUUUAAGACCUGUUUAACCAGCAUACAGAACACUAGGCUUAAUAUAUUUAUAGGAAAGAUGUGAGGAGGAAAAAAAAAGAGAGAAAUAUUUCUCUCUUUAUGAUUAUGAACCUUAGACUGCUGUCAUUCUGCAGCCUGCCAAAUAAAAUGUUUUUUUUUGUUUUUGUUUUUGUUUUUCUGUUUGGUGAACAAAAUGUGACUCAGAAAUGUUUAUCGGAGUUAAAUAUGUAAAAUGGAAUCUCAUAACUCAUUAACACAUGCCUAGAUGUGACAAAUGCCUUACUUGGGUGUAGCGGAGGAUGGCAUUUAUGCCCUCUUGAGGUAUACACUUAACAGUGUGUUUUAUUAUUAUUAUUAUUUUUACUGGUGAUGUUUUGUGAGUAGUCAAAGUAGAAAGCCACCAACUUCGAUUCUAUCAGUGUACUAAAUGCUUUCCCUGGGUUUUAUUCACUCAGACCAUUCACUGUUCUGCUCGACGGAUUUGGUGGCAGCUUUUGUCGAAAUGAAGCUCACAACAUUGCAUCAGAUUGACGCACAAAGUUAAAAGUCACUGCCAAUGAGCUGUUGUUUAGAUGAUUGCGUCGCAUUCUCCAUCUUAGUCCAUUAGAGUAAGGAUUACUGUGUGUUGGAAGGGAGUUGCACUCUUACGGCCCUCAGACUAUAUACGCUGAACAUUGUGAGUCAGCAUCAAACACAUCUUGUUGCACCUUUCAUCUGUUUUGUAUAAGAAAAAAUUGCUUUCUUAUAUACUUUCCGUCCUUAUUAAAAGAUUCAUUUUCUCCAA